AUGGAGGUCGAGGAGGAGGGAAGACGCUCUCCACACAAUCGUGGGGAAGCGUGUGUUCCCGAGAGCUUCUUUGAUCGCGUAACGCAAGGGUUACGCUACGAUCUCGAACAUGAGCGGGACAGGCGUCUCCAACGAGCUGAGUUUGCCUUUGCUCAGCUUGGGAACGAGAGAUCUAUGACAUCUCUUCGUGACGAGCUAAGGGUAGCUCGUGGAAUUGUUGAUCGGUCUCGGGAUGAGAUAAAUGCUCUUCAGGUCCUUGUCGAUGCCCACCAUCGGGAGCACAAGGCUCUCUGUGAGAUGCUUGAGCACAAGGGCGUUCUUCAUCGGAAGAAACAGCGUACUGAUGGUACGGCUUAA